CCCACUCGCCAGUCGACGCGUCAGGGCAGGAGGUCUGCCAGCCUCCGGAUGUUGACGACGACGCGACCUCUUUUCGGGAAUCUUGCGAGCCUCGCCGCGGUGCCGUGGCGCGGCUGGAGUCGUGGAGGAGGCGCCGCGCGCGGCGCCCUUUGGCGCGACAGCGGCGGCGCGCAGCUCUGCGGUGCGCCGCCGCGGCCCCGCGCAAGGAGGGGGGGGGCCGGCGCGGGCGGGCAGGCUCGGGCUGCUGGGACCGGGGUAAGACUCGGGUUCGGGAGUCUCGGCUUGGCCUGAUAUGGCCAUGCUGAAAAUGACGAGACCCAAACUGAAAAUUGACGCCAAAUGCCGCUGCAAAUGUCAUACGGAAACUGGACCACCAAAAUCCAGGACGCGCUCGUCAAAGAGCGUCCGCAAACACGAGUUCUGGCGCACUCGAGUCUUCCGUUUCCCCGACCAGCGCCUGCGGCCGCUGGCGCUCCUGGGCGGAAGGCUUGUAGAGGCCUCCUAGAUGGGGUAGGAGCCGAUGGGAGGAGGAGGAGGAGAUGAGAGGAGGGGGGUUGGGCCAGAGGGCACGCGCGCGGUCGGCGGGGACGCCACGCGCAGGUGCGCGCAGGCGCGCGCGCGCAGAGCUGGGCCCCCCCCGGCGGCAGCCACAGGCUCACGGUCGUCGCGCUGACACUCGCCAGCGCUCGGACGUCCAUUCCCCGUGCGAUCUUCAGUUCUUAGAACAUCGCUUGGUUGGGGCAUAAGCGAGCCGGGACACCUCGCCACUGCCUGACUCCGGCGCGCCGGGUCCGACUGUAUGCGGCUCGGCGUGCGGCCAGCAGGGCGGCCCGCCUCGCUGCGGACACGGCCAGCGGGCAGGUCCCCCCCC